CCGCUCCGCUUUUUACAGCCGCUCUCAGCGCGUCUUUGUCACUUUGUCCGGUGAACACAGAGACAUGGCUCCAUCCUUCAUCAGCGUCUCCCUCCUCUUCAUCGGCCUCCACGCAGCAGAUGGAUUCCUGGAGUUUAUGACGGAUGAAUGUGUCUUUAACUCCACGGAGCUGAAGGACAUCGAGUACAUCAGGUCUUAUUAUUACAACAAGUUAGAACUCACGAGGUUCAGCAGCUCAGUGGGGAAGUACGUCGGCUUCACUGAGUACGGAGUGAGGAACGCUGCUAACUGGAACAAAGACGCUUCAGAACUGAUUGCUAUGAGAGCUCAGAAGGAGGUUUACUGUCUGAACAGCAUCCAGAUCAAAUAUAACAAUGUGCUGACUAAGUCCGCUGAGCCCUACGUCAGGCUGCACUCUGAGACGCCCCCUGGUGGUGGACCUUUGUCCAUGUUGGUCUGCAGCGUCUAUGACUUCUACCCCAAGAAGAUCAUAGUGAGGUGGACCAGAGACGGACGGCCAGAGACCACCGGGGUCACUUCUACCGACGAGCUGGCAGACGGGGAUUGGUACUACCAGACCCACUCCCACCUGGAGUACACGCCCAGGUCUGGAGAGAAGAUCUCGUGUGUGGUGGAGCACAUCAGUCUGAGUAAACCUCUGGUUACCGACUGGAACCCGUCCAUGCCCGAGUCUGAGAGGAACAAAGUCGCCAUCGGAGCCUCAGGACUGAUCCUGGGUCUGACUUUGUCUCUGGCUGGAUUCAUCUACUACAAGAGGAAAGCCAGAGGACGGAUCCUGGUUCCCAGUCACUGAA